AGUUCGUCGUCUGAAUCAGCUCAUCCGAGUCUAUUUUUGUUUUCAGGAGUAGAGUAGUUUAGUAGCAGUGUCCUCCGGAUAUUAUUUGGCCAUACUUAAAGGAUCGGUAUGCGACAGUGUUUCUAUCUGUGUGAGAUGUUUGGAUUUUUUUCCUUUUUAAAUGAUGAUGAUGUGUCUAUGUCUGUCUGGUCACAUUUUGGGGUAAGUAAUUAUUUUCAUUUGUACUAGGAGUAGAUCGCAAAAUCCCCCCGAUGCUCCGCCAAGGCGGACGGGGACGGGAUCCAUCCCGCCGCCGGUGCCGGAGGCUCAACACAAGUUCACCUCGCCGCCGCCAAGCUUCCCCCUCCCUUUCUCUCGGCCCUCAAUUGCCAGAUCUGCUCGCAGCUAGCGGGCGGCUGCACAGCAAUCUCUUCUACGCCGGCGGCCAUGGUCCCGGGCCGGGGGGCUUCGUGCCUGGAGAAGGCGAGCGGAGUAGUAGCGUCCUCCUAUCCAUCUGGGCGGUGCCUGGUUCCAGCUCUUGCCCGGGCAUGGACGGUGCCGGCCUACUUUUCUUCCUAUACUACACGCAGAUUAGCAAGGUGGCAUUGACGGCCCUCUGCUACCAUGCCUCUACACUAAUGCUGUCAACGGCUUCGAUGAUGGAGUCGUCCGCCUCGAUGCUUUCCUUUGGCGUAGCAUGCGACGAGCUGGUCAUGAUAUCCUCUGUCGGCAAAAGGCACAUUAUUUUUAUUCAGUUCUAUCUAUCAGGUGGGAGCGCAAGCGAAUCUGAUCCGGACACUGCAAGUCAAGCUGCAGAUGCUGAAUCUGAUGAAGACCAAGUGGCAUACUUUGGUACAAGAGAAUUUUUUUGUCGGCAGAAUCUCUACAAAUUGCUUCUCACAAAUGGCUGCGAUGCAUUAGAAUCUAUUGGAGACUCCAGAUCGUAUACUGCCAAACCUACCAAGUAUCCCAUUGUUAAACGUCGAGAUAAGUUGCCUGAGCCAAAGGAGAAAGAGAAGCCAAUAGGAUUAUUAUGGUCAAUAAUUAAAGAAAAUUUAGGGAAAGAAAGAUCUCUCCAGUGUUUGUCUCCCUGUUUAUUUCAAUGAGCCUUUGUCUUCUCUGCAAAAAUGUUUUGAGGAUCUGGAGUACUCUUACUUGGUUGACAAUGCACUACAGUGGGGAAAACAGGCAUAGUUGAUAAUCCACUUCAACUCUCUUUAUAGCUCAUUGAUGCAAAGCAGUUCUGGUUUCAUCUCAGUAUAAGAUAUUUCCAUAUAUGCUCACUAAGUAUUUCGCCAUACAUUCUAUUUUUCAAAGCUUUUUAGUUUAGAUUCCUUUGUUAAAUAUAUUGAUAGAUAAGUUGACUGUAAUUUUAUGGUUAACUUCCGGGCAUCAUUUCAAAUGCUAAUGCAAGACAGUUGGGGAACUGUACAUAAAACUUUCUUUGGGACUUGAAAUGCUUGAUUGAUCCCGCAAGCUAUGUAAUUUAUCGGUAUGUUAUCCAAUAUUCCUGUCAUACUUUCUAUGGUCACAUGUGCUUGAUUUGAGAGUAUGAGUGUUAAGGAUUACUGAAUUUAGGAACGCCUUUGUGUAUCCCUGUUUUUGAUAUAUUAAGACCUGAUAUGUUUCAGUAAUUAAAUGGUGUCCUGUAUUUUUGGUUUAAGACACAGACACUGAUAAUAAUUUGAGCCUUAGUUGUGUUUCUAUUAACUAACAUAAGAUUACUUGAGGUAUUUAUCGCUACAUUUUCUUUUGGUGACAUGAACUGAAAAAAUUCUAUGAAAUAUACUUGUCUUAGGACUAAAACUAGAUGCAUUGUAUAACCCCUUUUCCUUUGUGCUCAAGGACGUGGUCCCCAGCUUGGGCGACUGCUUUAUCUAUGAACAUUUGCGUGUUAGUUCUGAAUCAUCUAUUUGACAUUCAGAUUGAUAAGGUAUUAUCAUUUUUUUCUUGCAAUUUGAAAAACAGUCUUCUUAAUUUGUUUUAGUGGACACAAAGGAAUAUUCUAAGUUUCUAAAUAGAUUGUAUUUUGUUUUGCCAAAUCCAGUGUUUUCUCAUGGACAAUUCACAAUUGUAUGUGGCUGUCUCACGAGUGGCAUCAUGGCAAGGGUUAAAGAUCUUAAUCGAAGAUGCCAAGGGUAUCCCAACAAAUGUUACUAUAAAUAUUGCUUACAAUGAAAUUUUAAUGCUCUGUAGGAAAUUACAAAAUAAUUAUCUGGUUGGAUAAAGUUUCUCCUGUGCUUAAUUGUCUGGUUCUGAAUUGUUGUUUUUUUGUUUUUUUUAAUAAUCUUUUUUUCCUUUUCUUUUUUCAGGUUAGUAGUAUGGGAGUUCCUGCCAAGACAGGCUUUUGAAAGUUAUGCUUGCUUCACCAGUUGGGCUUAACAAGGAAGUAAUUAAUUCUCUGUAGGUAAUUAGAAAGGAAAAUAAUUAUCUGGUUGGAGAAAACUUUCUCCUUUGCUUAAUUGUUUGCUUCUGAAUUUCAGUUGGUUCACUUAGAUCUAUAGCUCAGUUCAUCUCUAUUAAUUGGAACUUCUGCUAUGUAAAGCAGACUGCCUUCGAUUUGUUGUUGUGCUAGGCAUAGAAUGGACUAAGCUUUCCCUACUCACAACCACACUGAUGCUAGCUUCUGGCUCUUCAUUCUUUUAUCCCUCUGUACUAUGAACGAAUAUAGCGACUCUGAUUAAGAGUAUAAUACUAUUGAGGAUAUGCCUCUGCUAUAUGUAUGGCAUUAUCGUUCAACCUUCUAAAAUAUUUGUUUGACAUAUAUUCCAGAAAAUACUUGAAUUCUGUACUGCAUGCUAGAUAAGUUUGUUUUUCUUUAUUUGCUAGAACAUGGCUAAUUGGUAGAUGCACCACAAUCCAGAUGUUUUUCUAACUUCUGGGAGAUAUGUCAACAAAAUGUUCCAAGUGCAUUGCCAAGUGCAUCAUAUAUUGAGGGCUUGAAAGUGGUAGAGAAGAUGAAAAGAAGCAUCAUAUCUCCAUUUUUCGUUCUUCUUCUGCAGUAAAGAAGGGAGAGGUACCAGGUGUUGUGUUGGUGAUACAGCUCGCCCUGUGUAUGAUGUUUCAUCUCAAAAUCAAGAUGUUUCGAUCCCAGAAGAGAAGGCAAGGACAUGGCGGCGAUGGCGUGGUGAGCAACCUUACCCUGGAGCAUGAAGUUGAUUAUUAUGUAGUUAUGGGUAUCAAUAUUUUCUCAUUGCUGCAGUUAAAUCGAGAUGAUCACUUCACUCUCCUCCUAUAUUCCUUUAGUCCAUUUAUUGCUAGACUAUAUGUUCUUCUUUUGUUAAAAUCUUGAAGUAUUAAGAUGUUAGGUAAAUCAUCUUAAAAGCUCUCUUUGUCCAUAGUCUCUGUUAUAGUAGCAUGAUCAGACGCUGUAAACAAAAAUGUGGCUUGAGUUAUGGUGUGGGUCUUAAGAAAAUUAUGUGAAUGGAAUCAGAAAUGUAUAUAUAGCUAUUGAUACACGUAUCAUGCAUUUUAGAGAUUGAA